AUGUCGAACCCUCUCGAGACCGAGCCCGGCUCCGAGCGCUUCAGCGACUAUGAAGCCGAACUGAAACUCGUCCAGGCCGACCUGGUCCAGAAGCUCGACCAGAUCCCCGAACUCUCAGGCGAGCCGCGCAAAGCAGCCCUGAGCUCCGCAGAGCGCGCCCUCGAAGAGGCCGACGAACUGCUCGCCCAAAUGCGCCUCGAAAAGGCAAACAUCCCAACCACCCUCCGCUCCAAGAUCAACGCCCGCUUCCGCAACCACGAGUCCGACAUCGACGCCCAGAAGCGCAAGCUCCGCACCCUCGCCGACGACCGCGCCGCCCUCUUCGGCGCCCGCUACACCGACAACCCCUCCGGCUCCGGCCAGGACGUCCAGCUCGAGCAGCGCCAGCAGCUCCUCGCCGGCACCGACCGCCUCGACCGCUCCACCCAGCGCCUCAAGGCCUCCCAGGCCCUCGCCAACGAGACCGAGGCCAUCGGCGCCAGCACCCUCGCCGACCUCUACACCCAGCGCCAGACCAUCCAGCACACCCAUGAGACUCUCCUCGAGAGCGAGGGAUACGUGGACCGCAGCGUCAAGACGCUGCGGGGGAUGGCACGUAGGAUGGCUACCAAUCGGGUGAUCACAGUCUCCAUCAUCACCAUCCUCGUCCUCCUCAUUGUCGCCGUCAUUUUCAGCAAGUUCAGGUGA